AUCUGCCGUGGAGGGAGGACACUACAGGCGUGGCUGCUCAGAGCUUUUUGGUUUUUAUUUUUGGGCCAAGUUCAGCGAAGCUCCCUGCUGUUUUCUUCAGCAAACCCCCUCCCCACGCUUUCCCCUACCCUUUUUGUUCUGCGAUGGCCAAAGGAGAAGGAGCUGAGCAAUACUCCAAUGCCAGUCUUUUGAACAAGUCGCUCAGCUCGGAUAAUAUCAAGCUCUCGAGAAAGCAUGAGCACAGGACCAGGUUGUCGAUCUGCAACAAGAUCUGCUAUGCAAUCGGCGGCGCGCCCUACCAGAUCACAGGAUGUGCUUUGGGCUUCUUCCUGCAGCUCUACCUACUCGACGUAGCUCAGCUGGAUCCCUUCUACGCCUCCAUCAUCCUGUUUGUCGGCCGAGCGUGGGACGCCGUGACGGACCCCACGGUGGGCUUCCUGGUCUCCCGGAGCCCAUGGACCCGUUUCGGACGGAUGAUGCCCUGGAUCUUACUGUCCAUGCCUUUUGCCGUGAUAUCUUAUUUCCUCAUAUGGUGUGUCCCUCCCUUUGAACAUGGCAAAGUCAUCUGGUAUAUUUUCUUCUACUGCAUCUUCCAGACCCUGCAGACAUGCUUCCAUGUGCCAUACUCUGCCCUCACCAUGUUCAUCACCACCGAGCAGAAGGAGAGGGACUCCGCUACGGCGUACAGGAUGACGGUGGAGGUUCUGGGCACCGUCCUCGGCACGGCCAUCCAGGGUCAGAUCGUGGGCAACGCUCACGCCCCCUGCCUGUCCUCCAACUCCUCCGUUCUCUCGAGCCACAACAACUCGGACCAUUCCCUGCAGCACACGAGGACCGCGUACAUGAUCUCGUCUGCCGUCAUCUGCUCCAUGUACAUCCUGUGCGCCGUCAUCCUGUUCUGCGGCGUGAGGGAACACGAGGCUAUCGGGAUCAGAUCGAAGCCGAUGCCCUUCCUUCAAGGCAUUAAGAUGGUGAUGGGAUACGGGCCGUACGCCAAGCUGGUCAUGGGCUUCCUCUUCACCUCGCUGGCUUUCAUGCUCCUGGAGGGAAACUUCGCACUCUUCUGCAGCGCCACAUUGGGAUUCAGGAAGGACUUCCACAACAUCCUGCUGGUCAUCAUGCUCUCCGCUACGUUGGCCAUCCCGUUCUGGCAGUGGUUCCUGACUCGCUUCGGGAAGAAAACGGCAGCUUAUGUCGGAUCCUUGUCUGCCGUUCCCUUCAUGAUCCUGGUGGUGUGCGUAUCUCAAAACCUCAUCGUCACCUACAUUGUGUCUUUUGCCUCUGGCGUGGCGGUGGCUGCAGCCUUCCUGCUGCCCUGGUCCAUGCUGCCCGACGUCGUCGACGAUUUCCAGGUUCAGAACCCGGACUCCACGGGACACGAAGCCAUCUUUUAUUCCUUCUACGUUUUCUUCACCAAGUUCGCCUCUGGCGUCUCGCUCGGCAUUUCCACGCUGAGUUUAGACUUUGCUGGAUACGUCACCAGAGGUUGCUCCCAGCCUAAGGAAGUGGACCUGACCUUGAAGCUGUUGGUUUCGGCCGCCCCCGUCGCCCUCAUCCUUAUCGGCCUGGGAAUCCUUUAUACGUACCCCAUCACCGAGGAGAGGAGGCAGGGCAACCGCAAGAUCCUACAAGAGCUGAGGGACGAGGCGGAUUCAGAGUCGGACUCCACAGAGGUGACUGAAAUGAUCUAGCGCGUCUUUUUGAAGCAACUUCUGGACCAAUCUGUUGGCCAGCUGGCAUUUUGCACUGCGCAGGACCAACGGACCCGGAUCUUCGGAUCUAUCCAAGUCCCCCCCUCAGGGGCCCGACGGAUCGCACAGAAACCGCAUCGUCCGGCCAACGCUGCUGCUGAGGAUCCAAGUGCAAAACCGUAUGAGUCGCGCUGAGGGAGGCCUUCCCCAAAACAUCACGCUCCUUUUUUUUAAUUUUUAUUUUUUAUAUCUGCGACAUUUUCCUGGUGUGACUUUCGACGCCUCGCCGAGCCUUACCUUUUUGUACGACAUGCUACUAUUGAGUACAAAGUGAGAAUCUCUUCCCUUUAAAGGUUGGUCUCUAAAUGAAAUUGCACAAAGAAAACAUAAAAAGAAGUGGGUGGCUGGGAGGGAUAAACUUGCAUUAAUGGUGCUUUUGUACAUACGACACUGAGCAGUAACGAUCUUUAGCACAACGCUGGAAAUGACGUCACAGUAGACCCGCAAACGUCGGAAGAAACCGCCAUUUUGUAUACUUGUUUUUUGUCUUUUUUGCCUGAAUUUCACACACAUUUCCGAGGCAAAUUUUGAAAACAUUUUUUUAAAAAAAAGCACAAACCCACAACGAGUGCCAAUCGCUCACUGAAUAUCUCAUCGUAGUUUACAAAAAUGGCUCAAGUGAUCGCGUCGCGUGAGCACAGCGAGUUUGCACAAAAAAGAAAAACUGCACAGUUUCUCCUGUCAACCGUUUUUGGUUGUUGUGUUUUUUUUUAAAUUUAUGACAGCUACUGAUGACCGCGUCAUUUCUUAACGCUUUAAUUUCUUCAAACCUGGAGCGAAACCUUGACGACAACUAGCACAUAUGUUUAAAUAUUAAUUUAAAUAUUUAUUAAUGUGAUUUUCACAGUUCUCCUCUUUACAGUAUUUAAAACCUAUUUAAGGUCUGUAUAGUCGCGCCAACGGAAGCUGCAGAGCUUUUCGUUCAGUUUUGUUUUGAUGCGACGCCUGCAUCUUUCAGUGGAUGUUGCCAUACACUACAAUCUUACAGUUAAAAAAAAAAAAAAAAAAAAGUUUGUACGCUCCUGUUAAAACGGCAGUAAAAAAGAAAAAAAAAGACAAAGUAUGCCGGAUAAGAUUUUGAUACAAUUCACCUUUACAUCAUAAAUUCCUGCCGUUACAACAGGAGUGUGUGGACUUUUUUUUAUUAUUAAAACUAUUCGUACCUCUUUUACAACACUGUAUGUAUUAAUAACAAAAAAGGGAACGCACCCAGUUUUGAUUGGAAAAAUGAGUGUGAAGACAGAGCAGAGUUAGGUUUUUGUUUUUCCUUGAAUCUUUAAAUAUUGUUUAUUGAAACAACCAGGACACUUUGUGAUCGCCUCGGUUUUCCAAAAGUGGGAAAAAAAAAACCUAAGAGGACUGACAUGCUUCAUAUCUACUGAUAUGGAAAUGUGUAUAUAUAGUGUCAUAUGUUAUACAUACUGUUACAUCUUGAACAUGACAACCAAGUUGCUGAAGUGACUUUUUUGUUGUUGUUUCUUUUAAAUGCAUUAACUUCUUCCGAACAAUAUUGUAGGUGCCAUUGUCACUCACUGAAAUUGUAGUUAUUGUACAUCCUGUAAAUGUUUGGUUCUUGUCGGUGCGUAGCAUCUCAUGACCGAGGCUGUUGGCAAAAUGUGUCGGCUUUAGUCCCCUCAUGGGAGACUCCGCCUCCUGUUCAUAUGUAAAUAUUGUACGUAAACAUGUAAAUAGACCUGGUAUUUGUUUGCAAGUGAAUGAUUUCUGUACACUGUACUGUAGUUAUUUAAGAAAAAAGAAUACUGUGAUGAAAGGAAACAAUAAAACAUGAUUAAGUGGAAUGAAAAUUA